AUGGCCAUAUUGCAUUUUAAAACCUUACAGUGUAAUACCGAAAUAUCUUACUUUAUACUUAUCCAAGACAAUAUUUCAGUUAAGAUACGGAAACUAUCGGAUGAUUUGUUGGAAGUCAACAUCAAUAUAAUUGACUGGCAAACAUGUAAAGAACUUAUUUCACAUGUGAGCAAAGUUACAGAGAGAAUGAUAUGUGCAGGAAAUCUCAAUGGAGGACUAGACACAUGUCAGGGUGAUUCGGGGGGACCAUUGGAGUUAAACGGCACAUUAAUUGGUGUCGUAUCCUGGGGAGACAGCUGUGGAAAACCCAAUGCACCUGGAGCUUACACCAAAGUAUCAGAUUUUGUAACAUGGAUAAACGAAAACAUUAACAUUUAA